AUGACCACGCUUUCCGCUAUAGCGGUGGUUGCGCGCUCCUCGCGCCCUCCCCCCUCUCCUACCGUCCUCAGCGCCACGGCUCUCCCUCCCACCCUCCUCAUGCCCUCGAACAUUGUGUGCAUCGGCCGCACGAACACCUGCUGGAGUAGAGGGAGAAGACGCAUCAUGCUUCAUAUCACGCUCUCCCUCACGCUUCACCCCACGCUCCCCCACACGCUUCACAUCACGCUCUCCCUCAUGCUUCACAUCACGCUCUCCCUCACGCUCUCCCUCUCGCUCUCCCUCACGCUUCACAUCACGCUCUCCCUCACGCUCUCCCUCACGCUCUCCCUCACGCUCAGCCUCACGCUCUCCCUCCCGCCUGCCCUCACGCCUGCCUUCACGCCUGCCCUCAAGCCCUCCCUCACGCCUGCCCUCACGCUCUCCAUCACGCUCAUCCCCACGCUUAUGCCCUUUCUCUGGCAGUUGCUCCUUCCGUCUCUCCCACUCCCUACUCAUCCGCGCAUCCCACGCCUGUCCAUGCAUAGCCUACUCUCCUACCCCCUUACCCAUCCGCGCAUCCCACGCCUGUCCAUGCACCGCCGUCUCUCCUACCCCCUUACCCAUCCACGCAUCCCACGCCUGUCCAUGCACCGCUGUCCCUCCCACUCCCUUACCCAUGCGCGCAUCCCACGCCUGUCCAUGCAUAGCCGUCUUUCCCACUCCCUACUCAUCCGCGCAUCCCACGCCUGUCCAUGCAUAGCCGUCUUUCCCACUCCCUACUCAUCCGCGCAUCCCACGCCUGUCCAUGCAUAG